AUGAAUGACAAAUACAGAAUUCAUAAAGCUUUUGAUCGACAAAUACAAACAAUGGCUGGAGCAUUUUUUUCGAAUUAUUUUAAAGAAUUAAAAAUAAAAAGUAAACUUGGCCACGAAGGGGACAUCAUAUUAUUACCAUGUCGCGGAUUAAAAAUUCCAGCAAAAGUUUUCGUCUUUUUUAUUGUUCCACGUUUCUCAAACGGCGAAUUAAUCAAAGAUAAAUCAUCGAUUGAUUUAUUUCAAACAACAUAUGAACAAAUGAUUUGUCAUGCAUUACAGAGUAUUGACCAACACGGUAUAACAAAUAUUGCAAUGCCUAUUCUUGAACCCAGUGUAAAAUUUACUGCUGAAAGACGUAAUGCUAAUGAAAUGACUGCUCGUGCGAUGAUUUGUGCUAUUCGACAAUAUUCUCUAAAUUCAUCAAUUAAAUUAAAACGCAUUAUUAUUGUUGAUUAUGAAGUUCAAAUCAAACGAAUGAGUAAACGUGUGAAAAAAUAUCAUGCAGCAGUUCAAAAAUCAUUACCACUUACGAAUAAUAUCGACUUUGAUGGAGAUGAUGGACAAUCAUUUGCUUACAUAUAUGGUGUACCAAAAAUACCCGAAAUUGUAUCAAGCGAAAGUGAAAGUGAAAAUGAUAAUGAUAUCGAAGCGGAAGAGGAUCCACUUCCUUACAAACAUCAUACGAAAGUUUAG